AUGAGAUUUCUCGCUGUGGCUGUGGCUCUAGUAGCUGCUCAGGGCGGCUUCAUCUAUGGUCUUGGUUCAGGCAUUAUUGCAACUACCUUUGGCCAUGACACCUUCAAAUUGGCCAUGUAUGGGCCUUCCAUGGUCAACACUACGUAUCAAGGUGCAAUAGUGUCUGUCUACAAUGCUGGGCAGGCUAUCGGUGGAUUAACCACUGGAUACAUUGCGGACAGGUUCAGCCGCAAAUACACCAUCCUCUUUGCAUCUAUCUUGACCAUCAUCGGGGCAGUACUCCAGUGUGCUGCCGUCAACAUUGGCAUGAUGGUCACCGGAAGGCUCAUUGCAGGGAUCGGAUGUGGACAGAUACUCGCGGUUGUUCCCAUUUAUCUGGCCGAGGUGUCUUCACAAGACAGACGCGGCUUUCUGGUUGGCCUUCGAGGCAUGAUGAUAGCGAUCGGAUUCGGCGUUGCCAACUGGAUUGGAUACGCCGGUGCUUUCUCAUCUGGCAACGGUCAAUGGCGCAUUCCUAUGGCUAUGCAACUCCCAGUUCCCGUUAUCCUUUGUGUCAUGAUCUUCUUUGUGCCAUUUUCACCUCGUUGGCUGGUACUAAAAGAUCGUCACGAAGAAGCUAGACAGGUCUUGACCAGCCUUCACGGCAAGACGGAUGACGAGAUUUACAUCGACAGGGAGCUUGUUCAAAUCCAAGAGCAAAUACAAUUGGAGCGAGAUCAAGGAAAUCUCAACUGGAUGACAGCACUUGGACACAUGUUCUCAAGGAAAUAUGUCCGCCGGACAAUGACUGCUUCUUUCAUCGUUACCAUGGGUCAGCUUUCUGGCUCGUCAGUUAUUCAGAACUUCCAAAAUGUGUUCUAUCAAGCUGUUGGCUUCAAUGGUCGCACAGCCCUCCUUAUCAGCGGCGUGUAUGGCAUGAUGUGCAUCAUCGGCCAAGUCAUAUAUCUCGCCUUCGUUGCUGACAAAUUACCGCGUACCCUCACAUUAUGGUCGGGUUCUCUUGUGCUAAGCUCAAUGAUUGCUAUUUGUAUGGCUCUGAGCGCACAAUUCGGCUCCGUAGACAAUGAAAACCAGGCUGGUGCCCGGGCUGCCAUCGCGUCCAUCUUUGUUUACUCUUUGAGCUAUGCCAUAUUCUUUAACGCCAUGAUCUGGGUGGUACCCUCUGAGCUUUUCCCUUUCUUCUUGCGAACCAAAGGUCUUGCAUUCGCUGUAGCAUCAAAGUCUGUGGUAGCAAUUGUCCUGUCUCAAGUCACACCUCUGGCUAUUGCUAAUGUCAGCUGGCGUUACUACUCUCUUUUUAUCGCGUCGAACCUUGCCACUGCUGUGUUUUAUUUCUUCUUCCUACCAGAGACUGUAAGUAAUCAUAUAACCCCAUUCAUACGAGAAUGCUGA